AUGGUUCUUGUCCACAUUGUUCUGUUCAAGUUCCGAGUAGACGUCGGGGACGAGGUGAAGCAGGAGUUCCUUUCUCAAAUUAAGACACUCAAGUCUUUGCCUUGUGUUAAAAGCCAAAGACUUGUUGUUGGGGGGCCCUCGAUUACAACCCCAGUUGAAAAGAGCAAAGGAUUUCAAUAUGCUUUAGUGAGCUACCACGAAGAUCGAACAGCAUUGGCUGAGUAUCAAGCUAGCAGUGAGCAUGAAAGGGUCACAAGCACAUACUUCAUUCCCUAUAAAGAGGAUUUGGUUCGGUUUGACUUUGAGACUGAUCAAACCGACGAGAUGCUGCUUGGGUUUUGA